AUGUCGUCAUUUCCUGAGCCAAUACGUGGAAACUGCUAUGACUUUUGUCCUGCUAAAGAAAGAAUCGAACGGACUCAAACGCAGGAACUUAGUCGUUUUGAAUGUCCAACAAAAGAAGCUCCAGAUCUAGUACCUGUGAAGAAAUAUCGUCGUGCUGCUGCCGGUCGCAAUCUAACUGAUCCAUCAGAUCUACGACCCGAAAUAGUACUACAACGUACUUUGCAGUAUUUAUUCACGACAGUACUACCUCGCAUUGAUAUAUGCAAAAAUUCCAAUGCGGUAGAACGUACCGAAUUUCUCGCGGUAUACCACUUUGUAAGUGACCGUAUACGCAGUAUACGCCAGGAUUAUAUCAUUCAGCAAAUUACUGGUACAUCCUACAUAACAGCCUUGGAACAAAUUGUACGCUUUUAUAUCAUAACAGGAUUACGUGCCAUCGAAUUGGUACCCAGUGGAACAUUGUGCCAAGAUUGGAGUGAAAAAUUGCACGACCAACAGUUAAUUUCUGCACUCUCGGAGCUUCAAAUGUUGUACGAUCAAACAAAUAUGGACGCACAUGAAAUCAGUGAAUUUCUUGCGUACAAUCUUUUACUUCACGCUAAAGAUUCGCAAACUAUUGCAUCAAUUUUACUCAAAUCUUCAUCUCCUCAACGUCAAGUCUCAAAUGUUCAACGUGCUUUACGUACAUUCGUCGCUUUACAAACUGACGACUAUCAUGAAUUUUGGAUUCAAUUUCAUACUAUGUCAAGAUUGGAACAAGCGCUUGCAUUACGUCAUUUGACAAGAAUUUGGACACAAAGUAUCGAAAUGAUGAAAAAAAGCUUUCGCAGUCACGAAUGGAUUCCAGUAGAUGAAAUUUCAAAAUGGUUUGGAUUGGAAAAAGAUUCGAAACUUGUUGUGAAACUUUGUCAAAAUUUCAACAUUCAAACACGUUCAACUCAAACGUUUAUUCAAUUUCAAACUACUGGAAUCUCGAACGAAAUUGAUGUUGAGACUUUUUCAAAUUUGUUACGUGAUGUAGCAAUUCAAUUUCAUUUCAAGAAAUUCCCAACAAUUGAUUUCAUUCAAACAAGACCAAAGUAUUAA